AUGUCUGCCACUGCACAAGCCAAUUGCAUUACCUUGAAAGGAUCCACUGAAAUUGUUGCCGAAUUCUUCGGAUACAGUGUCAAUAGUUUACUCUAUCAGAGAGGUAUUUAUCCUCCAGAGUCUUUCACCAAAGUAUCUAAAUAUGGAUUACCCAUGAUGGUCACUACAGAUGAAACUUUGAAGAAGUAUUUGAGUCAAGUAUUGAAUCAACUCUCCGCAUGGCUCCUCCAAAAACAAGUUCAACAAUUGGUUCUCGUAAUCUCAAGUGUCAAUACCUCUGAAGUAUUGGAACGAUGGCAAUUUGUGAUUGAGACUGAUUCCGAAGUAACAGCCACGGAGGGACACAAAAUUAAAGAUCCAAAAGAGAUUACCAGUGAAAUUCAAGCAGUGAUUCGACAAAUUACUGCGAGUGUUACUUUCCUUCCACUUUUGAAUGGACCUUGUACUUUUGAUUUGUUAGUUUAUACCUCGAAAGAUACCUGUGUACCCAUUGCAUGGGAAGAAUCAGAUCCAAAAUAUAUUGUCCAUUCUUCAGAGGUUCGUUUGAGGUCAUUCACGACCAAAGUUCACAAAGUCGAUACUUUGGUUUCCUAUAAGGACUUGUGA